UACAUGCGAUAAAAAUCAAAGAUCCCCUUGGAAAAUUAUAUAGCGAUCAUAUGUUUUUUGUCAAAUAUAUUGACACUUGUCCUAAUAAUUCCAAGAGAAAGAGGUGUCUUAUAGUUGUUAUUCCGGUUUAUAUAUGAAAAAUAAGAAAUGAAAAAAAUGCUGAGAAAGAAAAAGGAGAAUUGUAAGGUUGCCGAUAGAGGAUGCGACCAGUUGAGAAAAAUAGAGGGAAAUCCGAACAUCACGUCAAAAAGACUAACGAUUCCUCCGGGAUUUUUGAGCCUUGGUGUCAAGUCAGAAACUGUUAGAAAGAGUUCAGGUAAAGGAGAGAAACAUUUUAUAUUGAAAGAAAAUCUCCAUGGACUAUUCAGUUCAUGUCUUAAAGUUAACCCAAUAAAUUUAAGAAGAUCAGAAAGAAUUCUAAAGAAAAAAGUUGACCCCAACACUAGUAGAUAUUCAGCGUCAGAGUACUAUGAUAAGGUUAACAAUGAAAACAAAAUUAUAGAAUCUGAAGUAACUCCUCUUAAUGAAAAAAGAAUUUUUCUCAAAAAUCAGUCUAAAAGCUUGUUUCGAGAGAUAAAUGAAAAGUACAACGCCAGAGCAGAAUGUCUGAAUAAUAAUUUCAAUUACUUGACUCCACCUCAAGACACCCCCUCGAAAGGAAGUUGGGAGGGAAGAGAGAUUUCUCGAAAUUUCAGGAACUCAGAUUCUGAUUUUUGUAAAAAUCUCUAUGAAGAAACUCGUUUAGACCUAGGUCAAAAGUGUUUGUUGGAUUGUCGAUCAAGGAUAGUAGCAAAUAUUCAAAAAAUUAAUCUCAUUAUCUCUGGUAAGGUUGACACAAGUCUAAUGGAAAUGGAUCCAUAUACUCCUACUAAAAAAAAUAAUGAUCGAAAAAAUGAAGAAGUUAAAUUCCAGUAUGUUCCUAAAUCUCAGUGGGUAUAUAAUACACCUCCUAGACAGAGAAUGCAAGUUCAAAAAGUGGAAGACUGCCAAAUGCAACCCGCAGUAUUAUGUACAAACAAAAUGCAAACAAAUAUUUACGAAGUGAAGAAAAAUUUCAAAAUAGAUCUCAGUAAUUACACUAACAGACAAGGUGUUGAGUUCGAUAAAAAGUUCCUGACACGUGUCGGAUCCUUCGAACAUAAUGAGGACGCUGAUAAAACAAAUAACACUGGCAUCAAAAAAGUAUUCAGCCCGCAAGUAAAUACUGAGAAUGGGAUUAGCACCUUCAAUUUUUAUAAGAGUUUGUCCCAACCUUCCGGAACUUUCGAUAACACUUUUCGUGUGGUGAAACCUACAUCAGAAAAUCCAUUUUAUAAUCUGAUCUCAAGACCUAAAAAAUCUGUGGGGAUGGAAACAAAAUUCAGUAAUGUUAUGAAGCGCAAACUGGAUCAAACUAAUAGUCCUGAUGAUCACUUAUUCUUGAGUCAACCUAGUUCAAGCCAUACAGCAAAUGAAAAAUCUCAAAAUAUUUCCUCAACUGAAAUUCGGAGGGUUCAAACCCCUAAAUUCAAUUUUGACUUCAAAAAGAAACUCUUCAAUGACAGAGAAAAGUUCUCUUUUGAUAAAGAUAAAUCAAAUUUGUUUGAUUUCAGCCAAUGAACUUUUAUAGAAUUUCUGUAAUUGAUAUUUUGGGAGAACUGAAUUUAAUUUUAUUUUGGGUUUGACUAGUCAUAGAGAGAUAACUGCAAUAUGAUAAUUUGUUUGUUUUCAUAUUUUAUUAGAUUAAUAUUAGAAUAUAAGAGAAUUAUCGUUUGGUUUUGGAAAAUAUACUUGUGAGUUAUA